AGUCUGCGCGUGCGCGCGACGGGCGCGAUGGCUGCGCUCGCCGGGCUAGGGGUUCUCGGCGCCGGGCGCCAUCUGUGGAAACUGCCUGUGCGCCUGUCUGCGGGGCUCCAGGGCUGCGGACCCCGGAGGGGCUACAUCGCGGGCAGCGCUGAGCGUUUUCCCACCUUUGGCUUACUGUUCGACAUUGAUGGAGUGCUGGUUCGAGGCCACAGAGUGAUCCCAGCUGCUCUGGAAGCAUUCAGCAAGCUGGUAAACUCCCAGGGGCAGCUGCGGGUACCUGUGGUUUUUGUCACAAAUGCUGGGAACAUCUUGCAGCAUAACAAAGCCCAGGAACUAUCAGACCUGCUGAGGUGUAAGGUGGAUCCAGACCAAGUCAUUCUUUCUCACAGCCCCAUGAAACUCUUCCCGCAGUACCAUAGCAAGAAGAUGCUGGUGUCUGGGCAGGGGCCCCUGGUGGAGAAUGCCAGAGCACUAGGCUUCCAGAAUGUGGUGACAGUAGAUGAGCUGCGGUUAGCCUUCCCAGAGCUGGACAUGGUGGACCUUCAGCGGCGGCCGAAGACCAUGGUAAUAUGGACAGGUGCCCGAGGAGUGACUUCCCUGCCAUUGAAGGUAAAGGUCCUGUGCCUGGGGGUCCUCCUUCUUGGGGAGCCAGUCCGCUGGGAGACAAACCUGCAGCUGAUUAUGGAUGUCCUUCUUAGCAACGGCAACCCCGGAACUGGCCUGGCAACAGCUCCGUAUCCCCACCUGCCUGUCCUGGCUAGCAACAUGGACCUCCUGUGGAUGGCUGAAGCCAAGAUGCCCAGGUUUGGUCAUGGCACCUUUCUGCUAUGCCUGGAAACCAUCUACCGGAAAAUAACAGGCAAUGAGCUGAAAUACGAGGGUCUGAUGGGCAAACCCAGCAUCCUUACUUACCAGUAUGCAGAGGACGUGAUCAGGCAGCAGGCUGAGAGGCGGGGCUGGGCCGCCCCCAUCAGGAAGCUGUAUGCUAUAGGUGAUAACCCUAUGUCUGAUGUCUAUGGUGCCAACCUAUUCCAUCAGUACCUGCAAAUGGCCAACCGUGGAGAGGAGGAACAGCAGACUGGUGGACAACAGAAGCAGCAGCCUUCAGCAACCCGGAGUUGUGCUUCCAUCCUGGUCUGCACUGGCAUAUACAGUUCUCAGGACCCAGGCUCCCAAGUGCCUACUCCUGGGAGGGAAGAGCUUCCAUUCCACGGGCACCGAGACUUCAGCUUCAGUCCAGGGCUCCUAGAGGCCUCUCACAUUGUCCAUGAUGUAAACGAAGCUGUGCAGCUGGUUUUCCACCAGGAGGGUUGGGCUUGAGGGGAAGGAGAUGUAGCAGAGGCAGAGGGAGGGGGCUGUUGGGACAUGCUCUCAGGGAAUCCUGUGUGCCCUGCUGAGGUCUGGGUCACAGGCACCAAGUCCAAGCCUGGUUUCCUGCCAUUACCUCCUGGGACAGAGAAGACUGCGGCUUCAGUGGGUACCGAAAGCCCUUGGGACAGCAUCUCAGGAGAAGGGAUGGACUUCUGGGCCCUUCCUGUGCGUCUCUUGCAGUCUGACCUCAUGCUGGUCCCUUUACCUCUGUGCCUCAGUGUCAUCCUCUCAGCAAGGACCUUCUUUCUCCAGACAGCUCCAGCUGUCCUGGAACUCACUGUGUAGCCCAGGUUGUCCUAAAACUCAGAUCUGCCUGCCUCUGCCUCCCCAGUGCUGGCACCACACCUGCCUUAGUCAGGACAGCACAGUGCAACAUUAUGUGGAAACUUGUGGAGAGCCUUUGGUCACACUGAAGGAAGCACGGUGCCAGGGAGGGGUGUGGCUGGCACUCUCCAUAGUGUUUACUGUAUUUUAGAGUGUUGCCUAGAGACUUCAGGGCUUUUUUUUUUUUAAUUAAAAACUAUCCUAAUAUUUGU